UAGCUAGCUCCAGCAGUAGAGAGUAUCCAUGGCGCAAUUGCUCUCAUUCCGUGUGUAUCUAUCUGCUGAAACGCAGAAAGCUUCUCCAGGGUCUUUUAAGCGAACCCCAAAGACUCGAAAACCCUUUUCGCAAGAUAGAAGAGGUCCGGGGGCUCCGUCGCGGAAGCCCCAGAAUCUGAAUUUGGAGGUUUCUCCACAUAGAGCUGGUAGAGUAAUCCAUUGCUUUAUAUCUGCAGUCAGAUUGAUGAGAAUUGAGUACGGUGGUGCGUUUGCUGAUCUUCUGAAUGAGAAAGGAAAAGGGUCUGGGAGCAAUGAGAUGAGUUAUGUUGAGAGGACAAUCGGUUUUCGGACUCGCGAUUUGGAUGACCGGGAUCUUAGACUGGUUACUGAUGUUGUUGGAGGAACAAUACGUUGGAGGAGAUAUCUUGAUCAUUUGAUUGGUUCCCUUUGCCACAACGAAAGAACAUUUCGAAAUAUGGAACCUCUUCUAUUGCAGAUUCUCCGCAUUGGUGUAUAUGAGAUCAUUAAGCGUGAUAUGCCGCCAUAUGCUGUUGUUGAUGAGAACGUAAGGCUUGCAAAGGUUGCCCUCAGACCUGGUGCUGGAGAUUUUGUCAAUGGGAUUCUUCGUAAGCUUGUCUCUCUUAAGGAAAAAGACGCCCUUCCAUUACCCAAAGUGGAAGGGGAUGAUCGUGCACAAGCACGUGCACUUGCUACUCUUCAUUCACAUCCUGUUUGGAUGGUUAGGCGAUGGGUAAAGUAUCUUGGGUUGGAAGAAGCCACAACGCUGAUGACAUGGAACAACAAUGAUCCUGGAUUUAGCUUAAGUGAUAUCAGAGCCAAUACGGGAAGGGGCAUUGCAAGAUCAGACCUUGUGGAGCGUCUAAACAGUUUAAAGGUUCCACACGAGCUGUCCUUACAUUUGGAGGAAUUUGUCCGCAUCAAAACAGGCUUGCAGAUAGUUGUGCAAGCUGGUUUACUGAAAGAAGGCAUCUGUUCAGUUCAGGAUGAGAGUGCAGGACUAAUAGUCUCAGUGGUGAAACCUCAGCCAGGCGAGAGGAUAAUGGAUGCAUGUGCUGCUCCUGGAGGAAAGACCCUAUUCAUGGCAUCUUGCUUGAAAGGCCAAGGUAUGAUAUAUGCUAUGGAUGUGAAUGAAGGACGGCUGAGAAUUCUUGGUGAGACUGCAAAAUCACACCAAGUUGAUGGACUUAUCACAACCAUUCAUUCCGAUCUUCGUGUCUUUGCUGAAGCCAGUGAGGUACAAUAUGACAAAGUUUUGCUAGAUGCCCCGUGUUCUGGACUCGGCGUCCUCUCCAAGAGAGCAGACUUGCGAUGGAACCGUAAACUUGAGGACAUGGUAGAGCUCACAGAACUGCAGGAUGAUCUUCUUGAUUCUGCCUCCAAACUGGUGAAGCACGGUGGGGUCUUGAUAUACAGUACUUGCUCUAUAGACCCUGAAGAAAAUGAAGGAAGGGUCGAAGCAUUUCUCGAAAGACAUCCUGAGUUCUCCAUAGAUCCAGUAACCAGUUUCGUACCGUCGAGUUUUGUAACCUCGCAAGGCUUCUUUUUAUCAAACCCAGUGAAGCACUCAUUAGAUGGAGCAUUUGCAGCUCGUCUGGUUCGAGCCUUGUGACGUUAAAGGCUAAGCAAAAGCAAACUUGUAGAGAUGCUAAUUGUUUGUUGAUAUGUAAACACAUAUGUUACGAACAAUAUAAAGGGAGGGAAAUCAGGGAAUGCCUCAGCGUUUGCGAGAUUGAUACUUUACUUCCCAAGAAGAAUAAUGUCUGUUAGAAAAACAAAUCGGGCUAUAAAGGCCCAUAUCAUAGUUUGGUACGCCUAAAUCUAAAGUUGAUAAA